AAGACGGCACAACCGGGGGGCUGCCCAAGGGAGGAUGCCAGCACCGGCUUCCCGGAGGCCUCCAGGACCCUCCAAGGAAGCCCAAGCGGAGGUGUGAAGAUGAUUGCUGCUGGAAAAUUUGCAGACCUUCCCAGAAACAUGCAAAUGAAUCAUCAGUUUCCCUUGGCCUCUUCCAUGGACCUUUUGGGUAGCAAAUCCCCUCUGACUGAGCAUCAUUCAGCAGCCUACCAAGAUGUGUCCAUCCACGGAACCCUGCCCAGGAAAAAGAAGGGACCCAUCCCUAUCAGGUCUUGUGAUGCAUUUAGUCACAUGGGAACUUUACCAUACUCCAGAACCCACCGAGACCACUCUCCUCUGAUUCAGGAUGUGAUCAAAGAGAACCCACCAGACAGAUGGAAGGGGGAAAAAUUCAUCUUCAGGGAUCAGAAUAUGCCGGACUCACCUAUGGACUAUGUGAAGUUCUCCAGGGAGCGGCCCGUCAUGGACAGGACCCCGGACAGACUGAAGAAGGAGCUGGAGGAAGAGCUGCAGCUCAGUGGGGACCAGUUGCGAAGCCACGCCUGGUAUCACGGCCGCAUUCCCCGACAGGUCUCAGAGAGCCUCGUGCAACGAGACGGCGACUUCUUGGUCCGAGACUCCCUCUCCAGCCCCGGGAACUUCGUCCUGACCUGCCAGUGGAAGAACGUCGCCCAGCACUUCAAGAUCAACCGGACGGUCCUCCGACUCAACGAAGCCUACUGCCGCGUUCAGUAUCAGUUCGAAAUGGAAAGCUUCGACACCAUCCCCGGGCUCGUGAGGUGCUACGUGGGCAACCGGAGGCCGAUAUCGCAGCAGAGCGGCGCGGUCAUCUUCCAGCCCGUCAACCGGAUCCUGCCGCUCAGGUGUCUGGAGGAGAAGUACGGGGUUCCGCCCGUCCGACGCAGAGAAUGUGGCCCCUCGGAGGGGAGGCCUGAAAUGACGAAAAGACUGAGCCUCAGCAUGAGCCCCGGGCAAUCCCGGGAGCAGAGUUUUAAUCUCCCAAGAAAUAAAGAAAAAAGUGGAAGCCAGCCAGCAUGCCUGGACCACGUGCAGGAUAAGAGGACACUCCUCAAGGCCCACCAGUCUGAGAGCUUCCUACCCAUUGGUUGCAAGGUCCCAUCUCAGUCUCCCGGAGUGAACGUGAGCCCGGGCCCCGGUUCCCCGGUGUUCCGGACGGGCAGCGAGCCCACCCUGAGCCCCACGACGGUGCGCAGGAUGUCCUCGGAGGGGCAGGCCGGGGAAGCCCUGAGGGGGUCCGACAGCCAGCUGUGCCCUAAACCGCCUCCCAAGCCCAGCAAAGUGCCUCCCCUGAAGCCGCCACCCCAAGCCUCCCCAACUUGGCCCAACUCAGAAGCCAACUACUGCGAGUUAAACCCCGCACCCCCGGCCGGCUGCGACCCAACUGGACCCCCCCUGCGUCUCAAGAGCGGCCACGUGGAGCUGCUCAGGGCCGGAGAGAAUGCCUCAUUCAGAAACUCCGACACCAACUAUCUGUUCCUGGAAGAAGGCUCAGCGCGGCACUCCCUGGAUCCCCCGGCCCCGCAAACGGAGGAGGACCGGGAGGAGUGCACCGGCUUCGUCGUGCCCCUUUGGGAGACCGCGUCGUCUUUCAAGCCAAAUGACUUUGAGUCCAAAUUCCUCCCCCCUGAGAACAAGCCUCUGGAGAUGGCCAUGCUGAAGAGGGCCAAAGAGCUGUUAGCCCACAGUGACCCGAGGACCAUCGCCAAACACAUACUGAGAACGGACUGCAAGGUUGCUAGGAUACUAGAGGUCUCUGACGAGAUGAAGAGGGUCAUGGGAGUGAACUCCGGCCUGGAGCUCAUUAUCUUGCCAUAUGGACACCAACUGCGCCUGGACAUAAUUGAAAGGCACCACACCAUGGCCAUAGGCAUCGCGGUGGAUAUCCUGGGCUGCACCGGAACCCUGGAGGAGCGGGCGGCCACUCUGAACAGGGUCAUUCAGGUCGCCGUGGAACUGAAGGACUCCGUGGGAGAUCUGUACGCCUUCUCCGCCGUCAUGAAAGCGCUGGAAAUGCCACAGAUCACAAGACUAGAAGAAACCUGGACAGCACUGAGACACCAGUUCACCCAGACGGCUAUCCUGUACGAAAAGCAGCUGAAACCCUUUAGCAAGACGAUACAUGAAGGCAGAGAGACCACCCAAGGGCAUCAAACCCCCCUCGCUGUCCCGCUGCUGAUGCCCCUGGUUACGCUGAUGGAGCGCGAGGCGGUCACGUUCGAAGGCACGGACAUGUGGGAAAACAACGACCAGAGCUGUGAACUCAUGCUUAACCAUUUAGCGGGCGGCCGCCUCGUCGCCCAGGAGGCGGACGUGUACCGAGCCAACGCCGAGAGGAUCCUGGAAGGUUUUGAGCCCAGCGAGGAGAUGAGUGAGCUCUUCAAAACUGAAUUUCAAAUGAGAUUGCUGUGGGGCAGCAAAGGAGCACAAGUCAAUCAAGCAGAGCGAUAUGAGAAAUUCGGUCAGAUUUUAACCGCCCUCUCACGAAAACUGGAACCCCCUUCCACAAAGCGGAACGAGUUAUGAGACGUCUUCGGAGAGCCUUAAAGCAGCGCUCUUCCAAAAUUAUCGUUUGAGGUAGAAAAUCAAGUGCUAAUCCAGAAGUGUACAAGUCCACAGAAUAUUACAAAAUGUAAAUUGCACAAUGCACAGUUAUUUAUGGAUUGUUUAAAAAUUACUACUGAUUGUUAGGGAAGUGGUUAUUUAUUGCUCAUGUAACGAUCGUUAAUGUUUCUUGAUCAGAUUUAAUGGAUUCUCUUUCGUGGCAGGUUGGGCUGAUCUGAGGCUCUCAGAUUUAAUUUACAUUAAUGCGUUCGAUCAUUUAAAACAUCUGAACAGCUUUAUGCUAAUUUGCACUGUUCCAGAAGUGUAAAUAGAGGCAGAGGAGCAUAGGUAAGAUAUGUUUCAGAAGGUAUCAGUUGUAUGAUAUUUCUUAAAAUGAAUAUGAAAACUGUAAAUAGACCAAAAUAAAAGUAUACCUUU